AUGGAUAUAGAGCAAGAGGGGAAUCGCAUUGCCGACCAGAUCAAGUUUCUCACCUGUUGUCGACUGUUCGAGAAACUGAAAAGCAGUCCGAAUGCGAAAUCCAGGCGUCAGAUUCUGUCUCGCUUUCUUCAAUUAUGGGAAAAUCAGUAUGCCACACUGAGUCCCACAGAUUCACAUCCGGCAGCUGGUCGGGCCAGUUUCUACCCUUGUUUGCGACUGCUCAUCCCGGAGGUGGACAGAGCCAGACCAGCAUAUGGUUUGCGUGAAGCUGCUCUGUCUCGCUUGUAUAUAAAAGCUUUCGGGAUAGCUCCGAACGGUCCGGUCGCGCAACGUCUUAAUCAUCCAGUGUAUUCUGGAAAAGGUGCAGACUUUGCGGAUAUUCUAUUUGAUGCUGUUCGGGAUCGUUGUCGCGAGGACAAUAUUCUUUCGCUCAAGGAUGCAAAUGAUCUGUUGGACCAGUUGGCUAAUGCUGACAAUUCAGAGGAACGUAUGGACGCGGUCACACAAUUUUUGCGCUCCGCAACUGCUGUCGAACAGAAAUGGAUGAUCCGUUUCAUAGUUCGCAGACAUUCCGGAUGCGGCGUGGGUGUCGCGAGCGUGCUACAGUGUCUGCAUCCCGCCGCUCCAAGUCUCUGGAAUGUUACCCAGGAUCUGCGAAUUUUGUGUCAGCGCAUUGCCGAGAUUGAUGUUCACGCCAUUGCGGGAGGCAAGUCGCAUCUAGCAACACCAGAUAUCACUUUAUUCAUUCCUUUUCGGCCAAUGCUUUGUGAACGAUCAAACAGUCCGGAGGCGCUGUGCCAGUCUGUGGCGAAUUUGUGCAGCUUGGGGUCGGUGGAUUUAGACACAGCUCAGAUACUUCUUGAGACUAAAUAUGAUGGUGAGCGCAUUCAGGUUAGUUUUAAGAGUUAG